AUGAAGUUCACCAUCAUUACCACCAUGGUCCUGAGCACUUUGCUCUCUACCACUGCAGCAAUGCCUUCCGUUGACACCAUCAACAAUAUCAUCGAAGAUCGAGAAAAAGUCAUUGAGGAUCGACAGGUGGCCGAUGCCAUGCAGACUCAAAAUUUGAACAGGGCCACAAGUAUCCUGAACUCUGCUCGUUCCUCUGCCGUGGGCAACAUCCGAGGACGUCGCCUGACGGAGGCUCGGGAGCGGCGUUGCGAGAAGAACCCUCCUACCGAGUGCAACAAGUGCAUGGAUGCCCUCGUCCAAACCGCAAUUUUCCAGGUCAUGGAGUGUGGCGUUGCAGCGCUUGGCGUGGGCGCGCUUACUGGAGGAGUUGCAGCGGCCCUUGCCGCCAUGGGAUUCUUGGCUUGCGAUGGAGUUGUUUAUGGCUCUUAUGAGAAGGGUCUGGUUGAGUGCAGAGCUUUCUAA